CGGUUCCGGCUGCUGUCGCACCCACAGUCUGUGGAGGGAGUGGAUGAGGGCUCCCCGCUGACGCUCUUCUACACAUUUUCCUCGACUUUUCUCCAAUUCCAGGUGGCUUUUACUCUCAAGAACCCAAGUGGACGGACUUGCUGUGUUGACAAGGGGGUCCAAAAUGGAGAGAUCAGGAAGCUGUGUUGGCUGUGGUUUGAGAAAGGAACAUGGCUUCCCAAGUAUCAUUCUGAUCUGAUGGAACUUGACAUGGCCAUGGAGCCAGACCGUAAGGCAGCCGUCAGCCACUGGCAGCAACAGUCCUACCUGGACUCAGGCAUCCACUCAGGGGCCACCACAACUGCUCCUUCUCUCAGCGGUAAGGGCAACCCUGAGGAAGAGGAUGUGGAUAACCAGGUCAUGUAUGAGUGGGAGCAGGGCUUCAACCAGAACUUCUCCCAGGACCAAGUACAAGACCUGGAUGGUCAGUAUGCCAUGACUCGUGCUCAGCGGGUGCGUGCAGCAAUGUUCCCAGAGACUCUUGAGGAGGGCAUGCAGAUCCCCUCCACACAAUACGAUUCUGCAAACCCAACUAAUGUCCAGAGACUGGCAGAACCCUCACAGAUGCUCAAGCACGCUGUGGUAAAUCUGAUCAACUAUCAAGAUGAUGCAGAGCUCGCAACCAGAGCCAUACCAGAACUCACCAAACUUCUCAAUGAUGAGGACCAGGUGGUUGUUAACAAGGCUUCAGUGAUGGUUCACCAGCUGUCAAAGAAAGAAGCGUCCCGCCAUGCCAUCAUGCGCUCCCCCCAGAUGGUGUCUGCCAUCGUCAGGACCAUGCAGAACACAAAUGAUGUGGAGACGGCUCGCUGUACUGCCGGAACGUUACACAACCUCUCCCAUCACAGGGAGGGACUGCUGGCUAUCUUCAAGUCUGGAGGAAUACCAGCUUUAGUUAAAAUGCUCGGCUCCCCAGUGGACUCUGUCCUGUUCUACGCCAUCACCACCCUCCACAACCUCCUCCUCCACCAGGAAGGAGCCAAGAUGGCUGUCCGCCUAGCAGGUGGCCUGCAGAAGAUGGUGGCUCUACUCAACAAAACCAAUGUCAAGUUCCUGGCCAUCACCACUGACUGUCUCCAGAUCCUGGCCUAUGGCAAUCAGGAAAGCAAGUUGAUUAUUCUGGCCAGUGGUGGCCCCCAAGCUCUGGUCAACAUUAUGAGGACUUACACUUAUGAGAAGCUUCUGUGGACCACAAGCCGUGUUCUUAAAGUUCUGUCAGUGUGCUCCAGUAACAAACCAGCCAUCGUGGAAGCAGGAGGUAUGCAGGCCCUGGGGCUGCACCUGACAGACCCCAGCCAGAGACUGGUCCAGAACUGUCUUUGGACUCUCAGGAAUUUAUCAGAUGCUGCCACCAAACAGGAGGGAAUGGAAGGUCUGCUGGGAACUCUGGUGCAGCUGCUCGGUAGUGACGACAUUAACGUGGUGACCUGUGCCGCUGGGAUCCUGUCUAAUCUGACCUGUAACAACUACAAGAAUAAAAUGAUGGUCUGUCAGGUUGGAGGCAUUGAGGCAUUAGUCCGCACAGUGCUUCGGGCCGGGGACAGAGAAGACAUCACAGAGCCGGCCAUCUGUGCCCUGCGCCACCUCACGUCUCGACACCAGGACGCUGAAAUGGCCCAGAACGCUGUCAGACUGCACUACGGGCUGCCUGUGGUGGUCAAACUACUGCACCCCCCCUCACACUGGCCUCUCAUUAAGGCCACCGUCGGUCUGAUCCGCAACCUGGCGCUGUGCCCUGCAAACCACGCCCCCCUGAGGGAGCAGGGCGCCAUCCCCAGACUGGUUCAGCUGCUGGUCAGAGCGCACCAGGACACGCAGAGACGCACCAGCAUGGGAGGCACGCAGCAGCAGUUUGUGGUAAGAGCGCUCACACAUUCCUCUGACCGCGGCCAUCUCCCACCGGUGGCCGUUCUGCCCGGUGAGGGAGUCCGCAUGGAGGAGAUUGUGGAAGGCUGCACAGGGGCGCUUCAUAUCCUGGCCAGAGACGUCCACAACAGGAUAGUCAUCAGAGGACUCAACACCAUUCCACUCUUUGUGCAGCUGUUGUACUCGCCCAUUGAGAACAUCCAGCGUGUGGCAGCAGGUGUGCUGUGUGAGCUGGCUCAGGAUAAAGAGGCUGCUGAGGCCAUCGAGGCCGAGGGAGCCACUGCCCCACUCACAGAGCUGCUGCACAGCCGCAACGAAGGAGUGGCAACAUACGCAGCAGCCGUUUUGUUCCGCAUGUCUGAGGACAAACCCCAAGACUACAAGAAGCGCCUCUCUGUAGAACUCACCAGCUCACUCUUCAGGACUGAACCCAUGGCUUGGAACGAGACCGGAGACCUGGGCUUGGACAUCGGAGCACAGGGAGAGCCUCUGGGCUACAGACCAGAAGACCCAAGUUACCGUUCCUUCCACUCGGGGGGUUACGGAGGGGACUCUAUGGGCAUGGAGCCCAUGAUGGACCAUGAUCUGGGUGGAGGCCACCACCCUGGCCAGGACUACCCCCCUGUAGAAGGGCUCCCUGACCUGGGACAUGCCCAGGAACUGAUAGAGGGUCUGCCUCCCGGAGACUCAAACCAACUGGCCUGGUUUGAUACCGACCUGUAAAUACUGAGACCGACAUUACACUACACUUUCUACUAGCUGUAUCAUGUGAUCUGAAUGAACCUGCAUUGUGAUCCGCCCAUAUGGAGGAGGUGGGGUUUCAGAAAGUGCCUGAAGAUGACUCAACAACAGCAAGCAGAGUUUCCUGGCUAUGGGAACUCCAUUGGGACAAAGUAGAUAUUAGUGCGGUUCUGGCCUCUCAGCCUGAUUGGGGCUGACUUCAAAACCUGACAUGACUCACAGAUUUUGAUCUAAAUGAUGGAUUUUUCAGAUACCCUUUUAUCCAUUUUGUUAAUUUUUACUCAUUUUGUUUGACUUUUUUAUUCUGUUUUCUUCAAGUCUGUAUGGUACAAACUGAAUCUAGCUUGCUUUUUUCAUUUUCCAGCAUUAUAAUACUCAUCUUGUUUUUUGCAGUCCCUUGUAUUUUAAGUCUGAUAGUGUUGAGUUUCUUUUUUCUUUUUUUUUUUUUUUUAAGUGGUGAUGCUCCAUCCACGUAAAGAAUCAGAUCACAUUUUAAAUGGUGUCCAAACACUAAAGUUAAUCAGUUGAAUUGUAUUCUGAUGAUCAAGUGUAACAUUGUGUAGCUUUUGUAUAAAAAGACAUGAAUUGGAAAUCAUGGUCCAAAUAUUGAGCUAUUUUCUUGCUUUAAAGGUGGACACUGAUGUGUCUCUGCUGUUCCAAAGGGGGGUUUAGCUGACCGAGCUGGGCGGGAGUGUCUGAGGGGACCGGGGUGGAGAAGAGCUCCUAUUGGUCUGCUGUUACUAAGGGGUGAGGUAGUGAGAGGCGCUGGUUGCUGUAGCCUUCUGUGUUCUGAAACAAUAAAAUGGACUGUCAUUUCA